AAUCAUCCUACUUGCUUGAUAAGAUAUGUCUGCCUACUUGGUUUAUCCUCCUUCAAAUAAUUAUUAUUCAUAUCAAACACAAGCUUAUCCAUCUUCUUAUGGUAAUCAAUACUAUGAAAACAAUACUAAUCGUGGUUCUCCACAGCAGUGGAUGAUGAAUCAAUAUGGUGGUGUAGUUUCUGAUCGGUAUCAUCAAAACUCUCAACCAUCACAUCAUACACAACAACAACACACAGCUAUAUCUUCCGAUUAUAAUUCUUUCAUCUCCAUUGACUAUUAUAAUGAAGAGGACUUGGAGAGAGACAAUACCUCACAACAUAGUAGCAAAACAAGUACAUUAUGUUGCUACAACUACUCAACAAGCAAAUCUUUCCAGACAAAGACACAACAGACAACCUUCACAUGAUUCCUCUGUCAUGUCCACAGCCUCUGUGGCAUCUUCGGUAAGAUCAUCAAGGCAACCACAACCAACAACAGCCCAAAUACAACAACAGGCACAAUUUGUAAAUAACACAAGAGCAAGCCCAAUUGCUUCCAUCUCUAACCAAAAUUAUAAUAAUAAUUAUCACAAUAAUUAUCAGUUUCCAACUAGUAAUAAUAAUAAUAGCUAUAGUAAUAAUAAUAAUAAUUAUAAUUACAACACCACAAACAUAAAUUAUAGUAAACCUAACAACCUUCAACAAGUAAUACCACCACCACAAACAAACUAUGUACAACAACAACAAAUACCACCUCUCUCAUUUGCUAAUGCAACAAAUCAUAUCACUCAUCAAACUUACUCCUCCUUGGAAACAGACUCUUCUGUUGAUAUUUGUACAGUAAAGGAUGAUCAUAUUUGGAUGAUUGAUAAUUUAGUAACUAUUGAAGAAGCAGAACAAUUAAUCGAUAUCUAUCAAGAUAUUUCAAGAAGAACUCAAGAAGCCUUAAUACAACAACAAAUUCUCCAACAACAACGACGAAAUGCCAUGUCUGUCAAGUCCAUGAGAAGAGGAACCUACUCUACUUAUGGUGAUGAAAUGCUAGGUACUCCUUCAGUUAUUUCUUCCUCCCAACACAACACAAUAUCAGACAGAAUUCAACAUAUAGAUUAUACAAAUGACGAGUUUGCCAACUUUAUAUUUGAACAAUUAAAGGAUGUUCUACCACCAGACCAAUCCAAGUUGUAUGGUGAAAAAGUUGGCAAAACAUUCGAAUUGAGUGGAAUUUAUGAAAAAUUCACAGUUUAUGAACUAAGGCCUGGUGAAAAAAUUGAAAAAUCCAAAGGUGAAGACAAGUGUAGAAUAAUAGAAGUGGAAUCUGAUAAUUUAAACAAUAAGCUCACUAAUGAGCAAUACCAUGAAAAGAGUUUUUUGACAUGUUUAAUUUGCUUGAAAGGAGUUGUUGACUACAAUGAGCCAAAACAACCUAACGGACAACAGUUAUUUGGUGUAAAUUUCUAUGACAUGUCUAAGGAAAGACCAGAACAUUUCAUUGUUUUAGACCACGUUGGCAAGAGCUGCCUUUUCAGUAAUAACACACAAUUAUUUGAAGUGGUUGAAAAUCAUGGAACAGAGAAUGUUUAUUUAUUGGCUGUUAAUGUAAUGUAUAGGUCUGUUAUUACAAAUUCUCCACUCAGAGCUAAUUCUCUAACCAACCAAACUGAGGACAGAGAAAGAUCACUCUCAGUAUCUUCUACUGCUAGUAAUAUCUCAAUUGAUGAUAAUGAAAACAUGCACCAAUACAGAGAAAUACUGCAACAACAACAACAGAAAAAGUCAAACGGGGGAGGUAAAUAUUUAAUGUGGGCCUUUGGAACGAGUUUCAUAGUGUUGACAAGUUUCUUCCUUCAAACUGGAAUUAAAGUCAACAAGCCAAUCAUUUCCAAACUCUUGUCAAUACUAUCCAAACAAUUAAAUAUAUAAUUAAAUUUACUUUAUUCUCC